AUGCCAGAGAGAGUGAGUGGCUUCCAGGGCCAGAGCUUUCACAAGCUAAGGCGGGCAUGCCUGCGACGUGGUGCGCUCUUCAAGGACCCCCUUUUCCCUGCCACUGCCCAGAGUCUCUUCUUUAAGAGGGAGCCACCGCCAGGAUUAACUUGGAAGAGGCCGAGGGAGAUAUGUAAGGACCCUCGUCUGUUUGUUGAUGGCAUCAGCACUCGUGACUUGCACCAAGGCAGUCUGGGUAACUGCUGGAUGGUGGCUGCUAUUUCCUGCCUAGCAUCUGAACCAUCUCUGUGGAAAAAGGUCAUCCCUGACCAUGUGGAUCAGGAGUGGAACCCAAAGCGCCCCGACCUCUAUGCAGGAAUCUUCCACUUCCGGUUCUGGCGCCUUGGCCGCUGGAUGGAUGUUGUUGUGGACGACCGUCUACCGGUCAGCGAGGAUGGAGUUCUGCUAUUCUGCCGCUCAGCAACACCGAGAGAGUUUUGGAGCGCCCUGCUGGAAAAGGCCUACGCCAAGCUAAAUGGCUGCUACGAGGCCUUAGAGGGCGGAAAUACUGCAGAGGCCCUGAUUGACUUCACUGGUGGAGUUUCAGAGCCGCUCAGCCUGGAUCGGGAGGCCCUCUGCCUGCACAGUGACCAGAGGAAGGUGUUCUUCCAGACACUGGCCAAGGCCCAUGAACGCAAAGCCCUCAUCACUUGCUCCAUACGGCCAGCGGAGGGGGAGGCGGUGGAGUCAGUGUUAGACUGCGGCCUGGUGCGAGGACACGCCUAUGGGAUCACAGCAGUGAGAAAGUUGCGGCUUGGUGAGAAGUUGCUGAGUGGGGCGUCCCGACUCUUCAUGGUGCGCAUGAGGAACCCAUGGGGGACGACAGACUGGACGGGUGCCUGGAGUCAGGGGUCACAGCAGUGGCAACAGAUGAGCCGUGCAGAUAGGGAGAAGUUGGGCCUCAUUGUUCGAGAUGUUGGGGAGUUUUGGAUGGAUUUCGUGGACUUUUGUCAUUACUUUACAGAUGUGGUAGUGUGCUGGCUGAUGGAGAGAGCUCGUCUGUGGCCGAGCUCUCACUGGAGAGAAGUGCACUGCUACGGGGAGUGGGCUUCAGCGCCCUCCACUCUCAGAGAACUUCCAUCAUCCGCCAUCCUCCACAGCAACCACUUGUUGACCUUGGGGAAGAGCAACUCCAAACCAAGAGGGACCAAACAGCAAGGUCACCGUAAGGAGGCAAGGCUUGGGGAGAGUCAGCAGGAAGGAGGGAAAAGAGGAGGAGAAAGGUGUCACAGAAAAGUGACAAAGGUAGAUGGAGGCAAUAGAGAGGAGCAGAAUGGUGGUUGGGAAGCGCAGAUGGAUAGGAGUAGUCGAUGUGGUGGUUGCAUCAACCACAGGGACACUUUCCUGCACAAUCCACAGUUCAUGUUUGAGGUGAGAGGCAAAGACGAGGAGGUGCUGAUCUGUCUGCAGCAGGAGGACAGGAGGAUUCGGAGAAAAGAUGGAGGAGGAGAGAAUCUGCCUAUUGGUUUUGAGGUGUUAAAGGUGGAGGUGAACCGCUGCAGCCGGGUGCAGUGUGUAGUGAAGCAGACAGCCAGCUCUGUCUACAUGGACUCCCGCAGUGUGACACUGAGGGGAACUCUGACUCCAGGCCGCUACGUCAUGCUGCCCACCACCUUCCUGCCAGGUGCCAUUGGACGCUUCCUCAUACGUCUCUUCUCACAUUCCCAUGUCCUUCUCAGGGAAUUGAAGGAGGAUUUGCCAUCUCCCUCUCUGUUCCAGUGUUUUCUACCUCAGCCCACUGUGGUGACCACAGUCCAUCUCCGCAAAGCAUCAGGACUCAGCCCUCCCAAACAGACAGCUCCAGAUGUUUAUGCUGUAGUGCGGUGUGAGAACGACACCAUCAGGACGCGGGUGUUCAAGGCUGAAGGAAACCCUGAGUUCAACCUCAGAACCAUCUUCUACAGGAGAUACCCAAACACACACAUCUCUGUUGAGUUAUGGAGCAGGGGUCUGCUGUGGGACUCUGUGUUGGGCAGAGUUCGACUCCUAACAGAGGAAUCUGAGAGGGGCCGGAGCCAUGUGAUUGAUCUACGAGGUGGCCAAUUGUGUUCAGGAUUCAGAGGCUGCAUCUAUGUUGAGACAUCCUCCAGCAUCUGCCUGAUGGACUUGUAGCUGAUUCACAGCAUCGCCUAGUUCCUCUGGUAACUACAUCAAACCAUGACAACCACUGUCCUAUCUGCACUGAUGGACAGAAAAGAUUUUGAAGAACUGAUCAAAAAAACUGCGCUGGACAGUGAAGUGAUUCCUAAAAAAUAUACAACAAAGGUGCUGUAGCUGCUUUGACAAUCUUUAAUAGGUGCUCUGUGUAUUCCAAACCAAACUCAGUGAUCUGACUGUUAAGAGUAAACAAAACUACUCUUUAGAAGAUGUUAUGUAGUGAUCUGCCGGUCAGACAUAGAGAUGGGCAUCUCUCAACUUCAGCAGUUUAACAAAAGCGAAAAGUGAUUGUUUUUGUAUUAUCUAGAUGUAUUAUUAGUACUACUAUUGUCUGGGUUUUCUUGCUGUUGUUACUGUCAUUACAAUUGUCAUAUUUAUUUUUGCCAUUAUUUAUGUUGUUGAUAAUAUGCCCAUAUGUAAAUGUACAUAAUCA